AUGAUUCCCAUAUCUAUAGUCAAUGGAAAAUAUUUCAUAUUCGACAUUGACAGCGUCAAACGGGUGCGAAAUGACCAUCUCAUCAUAGGUACUUUAUCAGGGACUUUGAGCAUACUACCUCAGCAAAAUAUACUGCUUGGACUCCCCCUUCAACUGACAUCUGAGGAGGCACUUUGGUUAACUGAAAUGGGGUUGGGAUACCUAAUAUUCAAUCUCAAGAGCAGUGGUUUGAAUUUGGAGCCCAAGGUGGCGGGUGAUGAAACCAGGCUCAACACUGUUGAGUCCAGUGACAGCGAUAGGAAAUUAGAGAUAUACCAAAGUGAAAGCGUCCAGUCAGAACUUUCUGCUGAUCUCAGAAAGAUAAAAGACAGUGUGGGAUAUCAGACUUUCAAAUUUUUCAAGUCCUUCCAGAAUGGGUCCCGUUAUGCCGUUUUGCCAGGAAUGAGGUUUGGAGGUAAGUAUCUUGUAUAUAACGGCGAUCCUCUGAGGUACCAUGCCCAGUUUAUCGUGCAACCUCUUGAUUAUAAGAAAGAUGACAUUGGAAUGAUCAACAUAGUGAAUAACGGGAGAUUGUCUACUGGUGUGAAGAAGUUGUGGGUGGUUGCUGGUGAAAAAGAAGAUGGUUCUACCGAGUGUUUUUCAGUCGAAUGGGCAGGAUUUGGCUGA